UAACUUAUUUCUGAAUUAGUAUCCUUAUUAUAGUUGACAGAUGUCUUUGAACCAUUUGUUAGCACAUGUAGCUACAUCGACGUGGCUGAAGACCAAAGAGUCCAUAGUCACUAUUGACAGUUACCUUGUAAACAGAAACUGGAGUUCCCCCUCCCCCUCCCUCUCCCUCUCCCUCUGUCAAAGAAAUGAAAGUGGAACUAUUAAUGUCUGUGAAAUGACAUCGUAGCAGAAGGAUUUUAGCACAAUGAGUGACAAUCAUUAUCAGUGGCAACUGCUGAACGGCAAUCAGUGGCUGAAAAUCGACAACGAUCAUGUGAUAGAGACUCACUACUGCCACCCUGGAGCAAAGGGGAUCAGCAUCAACACAAGACUAGGGAAAGUUUUUAUAGACUUCGAUGAGCUGAAGACUGAUAACCCAGCACUGAGAGUGCAGAGACUGAGCUUUGUCCCUCAGGGUCAAGAAGAGGACAUCGGAUGGUACUUCAGAGACGACAGCCUGUGGUGUGAAUAUGGAUCACAGAGCUCCAACAUGUCAUCGUCGUCCAUCACCAGCAAAGACAUCGAGACUCAUUUCACUCAGAACCCUCAGGGAGUCAUUCAGUUCAGCGUUGGCUCGACUGGAUACUCACUGGAUUUUUCCACCAUGACCCAAACCAACGUCGCUACAGGCUUGCGCAGAAACGUGCGCAGGCGACCGAAAUUCACCUCAAGCCCUGCAAGCAUUAGCUAUCCUUCAUCCCUGCCUCUGGCUUCACAAUCCCAGUUAUACAAUCCCAGCUUCAAGUGGGAGUUUAUGGGAGAUGAAGGGCAGUGGACAGAAUACCAAGCACAUAUAUGUUCGCUUGACAGCGCUGCCAUUGAGAAGCAAUACCAGCUGAACCCACAGGGCCAGAUCCUGUUCAAUAUCAGAAACUUCUCAUACAAGCUGGAUUUUGCAAGAAUGUGUCAAAUUAAUAAUAAUAUUGGGACAAGACGAAGUGUGAGGCGGAGUCCGGAUUACGGGGCUCAGAAAAACAACAGCCCAGAUACAAAUGUCCGUUGGCAGUUCCAAGAUAUCGAUGGGAUUUGGAAAGAUUAUUCCAAAAGUUAUCGUCAGUGCAGCGUCUCCAGUCCAGACAUUGAACUCCAGUACCAGUUAAACCAGUUAGGCAUUAUGACAUUUGCCACCAAGAGGUUCAGCUACGAACUCAACUUCUCAGCCAUGACUCAGAGGAACCUGUCCACAAAUACCACCAGGUCGGUGAGACGACUUCUCCAGUGAUCAAGAUAGAUUGUUCAGAGGGAGGAGAGAUAUUUGCACGUUUUCCUCAUAAGCUGUCUUGUUUCUAUCUUGAUUGGUGUUUACAAUACUGUUGACCUGAAUGAAGCAGAGAUGCUCAUAGGUUUUCAGUCCACUUUAGAAGAUUUGGGUUUACUUUCUGACAAGAUACAGAAUCAUCAUUCUGGGCUCCUACAGCUUUUCAUGUCAAAAUCCCCAAAUUAUUUAUACCUCCCAACCUGCUUUUUAAGUAUAAAUACAAGUGAAGUUAUGGCAGAUAAGCUUUAAGUCUAGAAGCUGCAAAAAUACCUGAAUGUAAGAAAGUCUGCAGAUACAAACGUGGAAAAUACUUUAAAAUGUCUGACUGUGUGGGAACUCUGCUUCAUGUUUCAAGAACUUUAUUGCAUCCACUGGACCGGUUUGUAAAAUGGUUUACUUCAUGUCAGUUAGCAUUAUGUAAUGAAACUAAGUGGCAUUUUUGAUUAAACAUUUAACAUCACGGUGGUUUAGGAUGUAAUAAAUGCAAAGACAUUUAAAUUAUAGGUUACAUUAUAGUUUUUUUUUUUUUGCAAUAUUUUGGGCCAUAAUGCACCUUUAAAUGUUCAUGAAAUUUGCCACAACCAAAGAACUUCGUUUUUGCUUUUCACUUUUAUUAAGAUGUCUUAAGCUUUUGUUUUCCCUGUUCUAAUUUAUCUAGAAAUGUUUAAUACAAUUGUUUCCCCUUCAAAUAAAAGUGAUAAAAAAUAAAUAAAAAAAAUCAAACAAAACAGUGACCAUCAUUUGAGAAUAUUAGAUUGUAUGCUUUUAUAUAUGUACAGAUCUUCAUGGAACCACUUCAGAAACCAGCACCUGGACACAAAACGAGGCUCACACUUCACACACAGAACAGCAGUAGUUUACAAACGGCCUAAUCAAAGACCGAGUUUCAGUUAGCUUUGGGGUUCUGCUACAAUAUGUGAAACAACACUCCAGUAAACCAAUCGAGUUAAUCAAAGCAAAGCGUCAACAGUGUGGAAAUGAACAGAACCUGAAGAGCGAAGUUUAUCUUAAAACAUUAAAUAAAAGACAAUCAUCAGCAGAAUCAAUGUGAGCGCGGUGAAUCUAAAAGACCCAAAAUGUUUAAUUCAGAGUGAAUUCACAUUAAUAUCUAGUCAUUAAUAAAAUCCGACAGAACAGUGAAGUUAACUGCAGGUCAGCAGAGAAAGUCACACACAAGGAGAGCUGGUUCCGACAAACUAUUUUCACCCUCAAGAACCGAAAAGGAUUAUUGCACUCGACUCAUCUAAGGCCUCUUAACCCAGAAUCACAAAAUUAACUCCAUGUUGAAAUAACUACACAGUUACAUUUCAUAUUAAUGCACACAAAAUAUGGGGAAUGUGAUAUGGUUGGUCACAUAAAAAAAAAAAAAUCUG